AUGGGAGAUUCGGAGGGUUUGGGUAUGGGCAUUGAGGAGGUCCAUGUCAACACCAACCUGUUGAGGCCAAUACAGCUCCAGGUGGACCCCGAGUUCCAGCAAGUGCGCUCAGAUGAGAAGGAGCAGAUCAAAUCUCUCAACAACAAAUUUGCAUCAUUCAUCGAGAAGGUUCAAUGUCUGGAGCGACAGAAUCAGGCACUCUUGGCCAAGUGGGAACUUCUGCAGCAGCAAAGCUCUGGCCCUGAGGAAAGCAGGAACAUCAACAACUUCUUCAAGUCCUACAUCACCAACCUGCAGCGGCAGCUUGAGACACUCCAGAGCCAGAAGGAGCAGCUGGAUCCUGAAGCCUACAACAUGCUCCAGCUUGUUGAGGAUUAUAAAAACAGAUUUGAGGAUGAGAUCAACAAACGCAUGUCCAUGGAGGAAGAAUUUGUGGAGCUUAAAAAGGAACUGGAUAGUGCCUACAUGGGAAAAAUGGAGUUUGAUGUCCGAGUGGAUAUCCUGAGGCAGGAGCUGGAAUUCCUUCGGUGUUUAUAUGAAGCUGAGCUGUCCCAGCUGCAAACGGUUGUUGGGAACACUGAUAUUAUUCUGUCCAUGGACAACCACAGGGACCUGAACAUGGAAGGAAUCAUUGAGGACGUCAGGCAGGAAUAUGAGGGGAUGGCCCACAGGAGCACAGCCGAAGUGGAUGCCAUGUACCAGCGCAGGUACCAGGACCUGCAGAACAUGUGGGUGAAUCAACGAGAGCAGCUGAGGAACAGUCACCAGGAAAUCCAGGAACUUGCCAGGCAGAUCCAAAGACUCCAACCAGAAAUUGAAAUUGCAAGGAAGAGGAAUUUCAGCCUCCAGGACUCCAUUAAAGAUGCUGAGCACUAUGGGAGCUUGGCCAUCAGGGACAGCCAGGAAAAGCUCCAGAAGCUGGAAAAUGCUCUCCAACAGGCCAAGGAUGACCUUUCUCAACUUGUCCAUGAUUACCAGGAGCUCCUGAAUGUGAAGCUGGGCUUGGACAUUGAGAUCGCCAUGUAUCGAUCACUCCUUGAGGAGGAGGAGAACAGGUGGGGGCAAAAUCCAUGCUGGAAGAAACACCCAGACAAAGAUCCAGGAAGGAUCACCGGCCACGAUAUGUGA